AUGAAACGAAUAUGGAGGCUCUCCGACGGGGCCCAAUUGGAGGUCUUGAGCCGCUUCUCCGCAAAACCCAAAACCCCAACAACCCCAUACUCCUACACUCUCACCAACUCCCCCAAUUUCCGAUUCACUCGCGACGUCGUCAACAAUGCCCAGAACCCUCCUCCUCCUCCUCCUCCGCCGCCGCCCUACCCCUUCUCCUCCGUCAUUGAUAUCUUCGUCGACCGCCCCACCCUUCAAGAGAUCAGAGCCCGCGAGGAUCUAGGCCGCAAGCUCAAUCAACUCGCGGAGGAGCUGGUUCAGACCGCCGGCCGUUCGGAGAAGAUUGCUAGGGUUUUGGAGGACGAGGGCUCUCAGGUUUUAUGGAGCCAUGGUUUUAGGGAUGUGAAUGUUAUUGUGGAGCUUAUGCAUCAGUUGGGUAGGUGGCCUCAUUUGGCCCUGGAGGUUUUUAAUUGGAGGAGAAACCAGGCGGAUGGUAGCAAUCCUAUGACAGCAGCGGAAUAUACUAAGGCUAUUACAGCGGCAGGUAAAAUCAAGAAUGUUCAACUUGCCCUCGAGUUAUUUGAUGAAGCUAUUAACAAGCGACUCAAGACAACCUAUAUUUAUAAUGCAUUGAUGAUGGCUUAUGUGCUCAAAGGCCAUACUGCUAAAUGUCAGUAUUUGUUUCGGGACCUCAAGAGGGAACGGGAUUGCAGACCUACCAUUGUGACAUACAACAUUCUCAUUUCUGUGUUUGGUCGAUUGAUGCUGGUUGAUCAUAUGGAGGCAACUGUUCGGGAGUUAAAGGAAUUAGAUCUCUCCCCUAGUGUAUACACAUACAAUAAUUUAAUUGCUGGGUACAUUACUGCUUGGAUGUGGGAUAGAAUGGAACGUACUUUUCAAAAGAUGAAGGCAGGCCCUGUUAGUCCUGCUAUUAGCACCUACUUGCUAAUGCUUCGAGGAUAUGCUCAUUCAGGUAAUUUGAAAAAGAUGGAGGAGAUGUAUGAGUUGGUAAGACAUCAUGCAAAUGACGAGGAAAUCCCUUUGAUAAGGGCUAUGAUAUGUGCAUAUUGCAGGAGCUCUGUUAAAGACAGAGUGCAAAAAAUACACACACUAAUGAACCUUAUUCCAGAAGAUCAAUACAGACCUUGGUUGCAUGUAUUGCUGAUUAAGCUUUAUGCUCAGGAGGAUUGUUUUGAAGCAAUGGAGAGGUCAAUAAAUGAAGCAUUUGAGCGAAAAACCUCCAUACAUACUACCCGUUUGAUGCGAUCUAUAGUUGCCAGUUAUUUCAGAUGCAAAGAGGUGGACAGACUAGCACAUUUUGUGAAGCGUGCAGAAGGUGCUAGGUGGAGAAUUUGCCGGUCCCUAUAUCACUGUAAGAUGGUCAUGUAUGCAUCAGAACAGCGCUUAGAAGAAAUGGAGAAUGUCCUUGGUGAAAUGGCGUGUUUUAACUUUGGCUGCACUAAGAAAACAUUUUGGAUAUUGUAUCAGGCCUAUUCUAGCUGUGGUGAAAGAAAUAAGGUUGCGAAAGUAUUAGGGUUAAUGUGGAAGCAUGGUUAUGAAGUUCCAUUGGAGGUAAUGCCAUCAUGAUUCUUUUUGUCACUUUGGUAGAACAUAUUGGAUACUAGAAAUUGCAUAAGGCUUUAAGCCAAUAUCUCCGAGAGAUAUAUCACGUCUCUAAUACGCAACAGGGGUUCAACGUGUUUCUCAGAAUCUGUACACUAUUCGAUGGACCAUGGCUGUCAAAAUGCUGAAUGCUAUAGAAAUCCAAAUAAGUUCCACCAAGUCAUCGAAGAGUUCCAGCGUAAAAUCCGAGCAUGUGUGAUUGAAUCUACUAACUUUUAGCAAAUUAGAUUGACAAAGAAUAGACCUUGCCAUAUCUGAGGGACUGUAGAUGAUGCCACAAAGAACAUCUGAAACAAGACCAAGGUAAUAUUCUUAAAGUAUUUUCCAGAUUCUUGCAUGUACUUUCUGAUAGUAUAAAACAAAAAUUUUGCCGCCAAUUCAAUUUAAUGAUGGUUCUUUCAAGUAGGAUUCAUCCAGCUGCAGCUUAAUUGAAUCUGCAUGGCUUUGUAAACUAACCUGUUUGGAUGAUAGAUAUGUAUUAAACUAUUAAUACUGAAGAACAAAUAAGUAGUUCCCAUUCUUC